CAGAUAUCAGGAGAGAUAGAGAGAGAGGGCAAAGGAGAAUAGGGAGGAAUGGGGGUAAUAACAACGGCAGUGAUAGCAAUAGCAGGUGUAAUUCUUGGUUGGAUAACCAUAGAGAUUGCCUGCAAACCUUGUCUCGAAAAGGACCGAGAAGCCAUUGAUCAAAACCUCAAUCCCGACUAUGGCCCUGAUGAUGACAUCCGGUCCCCUUUAAAUGCAAACCCAACUGAACAGUCUGCUUCAACUUCUGCUACUGCCGUCAAAAUUGUCUGAUCCUGUGCUAAGCAUUCUCUUGCUGGGCUCGUCACUUCCCUAAUUUCCUCGAUUGUCCACUUACGAAAUUUUAGUUUUGUGCUUGUUUUACAUUAUUUGAUUUCUUGAGAAUUCAUAUUUCAAUAUGUUCUGGACUUCUAUCCAUGGUUCUGUUUUUCUG